ACCUGGGCAAUACCAGUUGACCUUUCGGCCCAAGGCCCGUGCAGGGUGGAGGCAGAUCAGGCGGUUUAUGAUGGCCGGGGUGGGCGCGGGCGGUAUGGCCGUGGGUUUCCCCCUUCCGCCGUCGCUAGUCGCUACCCAAUCCCGCCGCCGCGUCCGGCCUGCCGCGCAGGAGGAGGGCCCUGUGGAGAUGGAGACGCCGCCGCCGCCGCGUAGUCUAGCCGGAUGCCGGGCGUCGCGUCGUCGAAGUUCGAGCCCUCCGCGGAGGAGGAGUGCUCGCCGGAGAUGGGGUAUCCGGUGGCGAGGCCGCGGGAAGCCGGCCUCCACCCGACCGUAGUCUGUUGCGGUGGCGGGCCCAUGGUGUCGAGGUCCUCGUCGCCGUCAACAAAGUCGAGGCCCGUCCGGUAUUCCAGCGGUGGUUCUUCAAGAACAAAAUCGGGACACUGGCCUACAAUGAGGUUCAGUAAAAACAGAGAAAAAUUGCAUCUCGCCCUAUUGGCCUUACAGUUUAGGAAGGAAGCGGUACAGCCGCGAGACUGCAUCGCCGCGUCAGCGCGCGUGGCUAGGAGGAUUUUCGGGAAAAUAUCAAAGAUUUGGCGGUUUCGUUGCAAGGUCUUGGCAUAUGCCGGCCCUGAGGUGCUUGUGGUGGCGGCGUCAGAUCUGGGUGGCCUGUAGUCGUCCAGUCGUGGUGCAUCACCUCCGACAUUCUGUUCCGGCGGUCAACAACAGGGGAGCGAGUUAUUUGGAUUUCCAUAGUUCCAAGGGGUUUUGGAAGCAAAGAGUGUUAAUGUCUCUUGGUUGUUGUAGUGUGUUUGGGCUUCUGGAUCUGCAAUAUUUUGUUGCUGAUGUUAUGUGCUUCCUAAA